GCUGGUGCCGGCAGCAUGGCGGAGUCCCAGGUGCUCCUGCUGGACGAGUCGCACGUCAACGAGAAGGUGACGGAGGCCCAGGCCCGCUUCUACUACAGCGAGGAGCAGCGCCGGGCCCUGGAGGCGCUGGUGACCCGGGGCGAGGCGGCCUACCGGGAGGCGCUGAGGAAGGAGCAGCUCCGCGACUUUCUGUCCAGCCGGGAGCUGCAGGCCCUGCGGGGCGGCUGGCGGGGAUACGACGACCCCCGGGAGGGUGGCAAGGUGGCGCGGGGGCCCAGUGGCGAGACCCUCUCGCUGGCCUACUGGCCCGAGUGCUCGGACACGGAGGUGCCCCCGUUGGACUUGGGCUGGACCGACAAGACCUUCUACCGGGGCAUCAGCCGGGUGGCCCUCUUCACGCACCCCCGCAAGGAGGAGAGCGCACCCCACCUGAAGGAGGUGGUGCGGGAGAUGAUCCAGCAGGCGCAGAAGAUUAUUGCAGUGGUCAUGGAUGUAUUUACAGACCGGGACAUCUUCCGCGAUAUUGUUGAUGCAGCAUAUAAGCGCUGGAUCCCAGUCUAUAUAAUCCUAGAUGAGGAGGGUGUGAAGCUCUUCCUGGAAAUGUGCAGAUGCCUUGACCUCAGUGACUUGCAGAUCCGGAACAUCCGCAUACGUUCUGUGACAGGAGUUGGGUUCUACAUGCCAGCAGGGAAGAUCAGAGGCACAUUGGCAUCCCGAUUCCUGAUGGUGGAUGGUGAAAAGGUGGCCACUGGAUCAUACAGCUUCACAUGGAGUUCUUGCCACAUCGACAGAAACAUCCUGCUAGUCUUGACAGGACAGCAUGUGGAGAUGUUUGACGUUGAGUUUCGUGAGCUCUAUGCCAUCUCAGAGGAAGUUAAUUUCUACAAGGAACUGGGUAUUGCUAACCCAUUCCUUCUCGGAAUUGGGAAGCCAGGCCUUCAUUCCUCCACUGUGGCUCGGAAGUUCAUUAACCCCAAGUAUGGUUUAGUGGCAGGGGCAACCCGUGGUGAUAUGAUGCUCUGGGCUUCACGACACAGGCAGGAUAAUCAGGGGAACAUGGAAAAGGAGGAAACAAGUGAGUCAAAGAAACGGUUAAAUCAGUUUCUGAAUGACUUAGUCACAUUGGAGCAAGAGUUCCCAGAAAUUGAUCCACCUCUGGAGAACUUGAACAAGCUGAAUCGGAGCCCUCAGAAACUGUUCUCCCGGCUCCACAUGGACCUGAAAAAUAAAUCCAAAUCCAGAGAGUCGAUUCGUGACGUGAAGAAAGAAGAUGCACAGGCCAAUUCAAAGCAAGGAAAACGGUUUGCCAGUGGGCUUUUCAGUCGCAAGGCCAAACGGUCUCCAGGCUCAAGCAUUGAGGCCAAUUCUUUUGCCAGUGAAGGACAUUCAGGAGAAGACCUUGGGAACAUGAAGCUGGAAUAUGAGCGGCUCAGCAUUGGCCAUGCCAGUGUUCGGAGCACUGGAGGCAUCUCAGGUAACCUGGGUCCAAACUCCACUACGAGCGAUAAAAACAAACAAUCUACCUGUGUGUUAUCUUGAUUGGGAAGGAUUGUCUGGAGAACUGAAGACUGAAAAAGCUGGAACAGUAACCUCUUGAUUGAUUUUGAACCUACAGCCAUGUCCUCAUGCAGUGGUCUGUAAAGCCACUGCGUGGUCCUGGAUGCACCUGGCACCCCCAGUUAAAGCACAUUUACUGGGUGAAGCGUAGACUUUGGAU